AUGGAUCAGAUCAAGGAGCAACAAUACCAUGUCGAGGCCAAGUCCGCAAUCGACGAGCCCUUGGAGACCAAGUUCGCCAAACUUGGUCGAUGGGAAGCCGCGAAGGUCUUCUGGAAGGUUAUGCUCUAUUGCCUGAUCUUGAAUUGGGCUGCACUCAACGAUGGGUUCCAACAACAAGUCCCCGGUAAUGUGAUCCCGAUGCAGACCUUUAUCAAUCAGAUGGCCGACACCACGCUCAACGGGCAACCAGCUGUUAGCGCAAAGGUAGUCUCGUACUGGCAAGGCUUUGCCGAGAUGUCCAAGAUGGUCGGAAUGUUCGCAGGCGGAUACUUCGCGGAUCGCUUCGGUCGCAAGAAAGCAAUGAUAGGCGCCAUCACAAUUCUUCUCGCGGGCUCAAUUGCUGAGAUCACCGCCUCUGGAUGGAGGAGCUGGCUAGGAGCAGCAGUGCUGGUACGGCUGGGAGUCGGCCUUGCACAGUCUGUCCUUAUAACAUACAUUUCUGAGCUGGCUCCUUUCCAGAUCCGUGGAUUUAUGAUCGGCGCAUACCAAUUACUACUCGCACUGGGUCAGCUCAUCAGCGCUGUGGCUACACAGAUCGUCAUUACAACCAAGCCAAAGCAGUGGCGGCCGUUGGUGGCUACCGAGUUCGUCUUCACUGGUAUCCUGAUCCUUCUUAUCUGGCUCGUCCCAGAGUCGCACCUUUACUAUGCCCGCAAGGGCGAUCACGAGAAGGCCAAGCGCUCCAUGAAGCAGCUGUAUGGCAAUGUUGCUGGAUAUGACUUGGAACAUGAGUAUCGUGUUGUACAGCACGGCAUCCAAGCCGAGCUCGAAUUUAGUCAUGCAUCAAACACCUCAUUCCUAGACAUCUUCCGAGGUGUCAAUUGGCGUCGUACCUUGGCAGGCUGCGUGGGUAUCUGCAGUCAAUGGUCCGCCGGUGCACCGAUCGUCUUCAGCUAUUCCACGUACUUCUUCAAGGUCGCUGGCAUCGCAGACCCGUUCAUUGUCACCAUUAUUACCUUCGUCCUUUUGAUGGUGUCAAUCUUUGUUUCGCUCAUCGCCUGCGAGUACAUUGGACGUAGGCCGCUGCUCGUUGGUGGAUGUGCCUUGAUGUGCGUCUUCAACGUCGGUCUGGCGACGACUGGCUUCUUCAAGACAGACGGGGCGAACAAGGCUGCGCUUGCCUGCCUCCUGAUGUGGGUAAUUUGCUACGGCUUUUCUGCCGGCCCCAUCGGCUUCGUCGCAUCUGGUGAGACAUCGACUCCCCGUCUGCGAGCUCAGACAACAUCCUUCAAUCUGGGAUGUUAUGGCGCUGGCUUCGUCGUCUUCCAGUGGACUAUCUCAUACAUGAUCAGCCCUGAUGCCGCCAACCUUGGUGUGAAGGCUGUGUACGUGUGGGCUGGUCUUCUUGUGCCGACCACCAUCAUACUUUGGCUGUUCUAUCCCGAGACCUACGGCCGCACAUAUUGGGAGCUUGACGAGCUCUACGAGCGCAAAGUACCAGCUUGGAGGUUCAAGAAGACCGCGACAACGUCCGAUCGGAGUGGCAACAAGAAUAGCGCGCUCGUGCAUGCCGCCUAG